UGUGAAAUGGUCGUAAGUAAUUUUUUAUUGACCACUAAUUCCGUGUGGUACCCGAAGGUCAUAAUAGGAACUAUUUAUAUGGGGUGUAUGCAGGCGAUAGGGCACAGUCAAGUCCAGCUUAAAGACAAGACAAGAUCUCACAAUGAACGGAUUGAUCAUCGCUUUGGCCACCCUCUCGGUCGCAUGUGCCGCCCCUAGUGGUGUCCUUCUUGGACACGGAGGUCUCGGUCUUGGAGGAUUGGGACACGGAGUCGGAAUCGCCGGACCAAUUGGACACGGAGCUGUGCUCGCCGGACCAGUUGCUCAUGGAGCUUCUGUCGUAGGACCUGCUACCCACGGUGCUUCCAUUGUAGGACCCUCCACCCUCGGUGCCUCAGUUGUCGGACCAUCCACCCACGGAGCUUCCAUUGUUGGACCUUCCACCGGUGGUGCCUCUGUAAUUGGAGCCGCUGCUGGACACUCUGCCGUCAUUGGUGCUUCUGCUGGACACGCUGCCGUUGUUGGGCCAGCUGUAGGUCUUGGAGGAGUCGGUCUUGGUGGAGUCGGUCUUGGCGGAGUUGGUCUUGGCGGAGUUGGUCUUGGAGGAGUUGGUAUUGGUGGACUCGGUCUUGGAGGAGUUGGAAUCGGACAUUUGGGAUCUGCUGUAGCUCAUGGUGUGACUGUAGCUGGACCCCCAACUGUCCCAGCCACCAUUGCUGGACCAGCUGGUGCUAUCCACGCCGCCGGUCUCUGGGGACCCACUCUUGCCCAUGGUCAUGGUCAUGGUCAUUGGUAAAUGAAGAACCAUUAACUCAAACCUUCAAAUGCCUGUUGCUAAAUAAUCUUGAAAUAGUUUAAAGAGAAGACCUGACAACGCCAUUUACUUACUGUGUGAUAUAGGAGAAUAGAAUUGCUAAGUCAACUUAUUAUUAUAUAUGUGUAUGGGAUUUCUCGUUAAAGAUUUAUUUCAGGAUGUUUUUAGUGACUUUUGGUCGUCUGAUUAUUGUUUAAGCCGAUUCCUGUACUGACUCUAAAUUUUUGUCAUUAUUUGUUAUUUAUGCAUAUCGUUCAUUAAAGAACAAAAAUCUA